AUGGGCGAAUUUAAAAAAUCCAUUACUAUCGGCGGAUGCUGCGUUUUCUUUGUAGCGAUUGUGAUAAUGUCCAUAGCACUUAUAGCGACUUCUCUGCGUAAGCUUGCCUCGGAUGAAGGUAGGUAUUUUAAAAAUAUUCUGUUUUAGCCGCUGUUCAGAUUUGAAUUUGAGCUUCCUACCUUAUCAGACCUUAUGAAACCGCUGCAUAACAUCGUAAAUGUGGAAUAGAAAAUGAAAAUACUUUGAUGUGCUUUUACAAGCACCGCAAUUAUCUCACUCUGCGGCCCAGCGACAGGGAUCGGAGUAUAGAUCCGCGUUAAUUGAUUCAGUCCCUAAGGGAUAAACACGGGUUAAAAUGACCUGUUCAGGCCAUGUCACGUUUUGGAUUACUUUUGGAGAUAUGAGGAUGGAAAGUAGUUUAAUUCCCUUCUUCUUUGUUUACUACGAACUACAAAGUAUUUUUAAUAAGUAUUUAUACACUUUAAUCUGUUCUAAAACGCCGAUUCGCUAAUAAGUGCCUCGAAAAAGGGCGUGGAGGAGAUAGAAGCUCUUGCGCGGGUGCGUGACUGCCUGAAUCUUAUUAAAAGGAUAAUAAUGUAAAAAGUGCGUAUAGGUUUCGUUCUUAGCCACUGAGUGGAUUGCCAUUGUGGGCUCCAGAUAUCAGGCGAUCAAGGUUUAGAUUUUGAAAAAAAGAAGCGAACUUUAGUGUCUAACGCAUACUACGUUGCGUGGAGGGCUGGGUGAGAGGCAUCUGCAAAAAACUUCCUCAACUGAAUGCCGAAAAAACCGGAUGCUCUCGCAGGCUAGCAACUGAAAUACCUCCGGGGAAAUUGAAAUGCUUAAUCCAAGCAAAAUUGCUUUUAGUUUCUUUUUUUGGAGUUCUGAGAUGGAUGCUGUCAUUCGUGAAGGUCCGUAAUCGUGGUGGAUUCUUUUCAGAGUCCCAACUUGAUACAGUCAGGAGCUGAUACGGUGUAUCUCCAGAUAUAAUUAACUCUGCUCCGACGUACUCUCCGCUCGGAACCGAGGUGAAGAAAUGUACCGGGGUAAAUAGAAUUUUCGAUAUUGAAGUUUAGGCCAUCCUUUCUUGUUAGAAUGGAAACAUCCUACUCCCAACCUCCUACCCUAGGUACCAGAAACUUUCCUUGCGUGGCUACCGCCUUCGGUCAUUCUGCCAAGCCUUCUUUGUGACCCGCCCGAAAUGUUUCCUUGUCGCGACCUUUACUUUCGUGGUUUCAGUUUUCGACCGAAGGAUUGUCGGCCUGCUCUUGAAAAUUAGGGAACUCUUGGUCCAACAUUCCACAGUGGGCUUAGUUCAAUAAACGUUUUGCAAGCGUAAAGACUGAGCCUACUACUACGAGGGAGACAAGCGGGUCUCCCUCGCGCGCGCCCGUUUUUUCUUGCGCCCAUUAAUUCCUAGCGCCUAUUACACAGGCUAGCAAUAUUCUGACAGGUGGAAUAAUUUUAUCGAUUUUCCCACCAGUUGAUCACUGGAUUCAGCCGACAAAAUGUAAAUUAUGAUUGUCUUUUUAUUCGCGAUAAUCUGGUUGUUUCAUGAUUACUUUCCUUUUUGUCUUAACGGGGGUGGAAAGUUCAUAGGCACCCAAGGGCUCCUGUCUAAGUAUUCUUUUGAAAUCGUUAUCAGCAACAUGGUGCAACACUUCGAUGAAGUAACAUUCCAUCCUUGGCGAAACAGCUUUAAAAUACGAAGACUUCUAUGGGUUAGCCUGUCACCAGGUUUCAAGAUAGUAAUGUGAAGAGAUCGUACAAAGUGAUGGGAAAAAAGCGCGGGGGCUGGGGAGAUAGAAGGUCAUUUUUUCCCGCCGCUUCCCUCUUUCCUAGAUCACGCGCGUCCCGUUUUCCCUUGACCUCGUUUCCGCGACGUCUACACUACCUAACAGCGUGGCACAGGUUACCUACGGAUCGUGUGCGAGCUGUGUUUCUUUUCUCUUACUUCCAACAGUUGGUGUUGCGUAUGACACCUAUCAAAAGAAACUCUCCUCCGAUACUAAGAAAGCUGGCUUACAUAAUGGUGCACCUGGCUUCAAAUUUAUCAAGUUUCCAAGCGUUUUCAAAACCCUGGAGUUUGAUAAGGAGGAAUGUCUUAAUCGCGAAGGCGUGGACAUUGAGCUGCAGAUCGAGUUUCAGUACCGCGCAAGGCCUCAGAAGUUAAGAGACAUUAUCAUGGAGUUUAAGGAUCAUGACAAUUAUGUCAAAAUGAUCAAGUAAGUAACCUCAUGAAACUUUUGAUGUGGCUGGAAAUGAAAAGUAAAGCUCCUUGUUUGCCUAGUUUCAAGUCUUUUAUUUAUUAUUGCGUCAUUAUAUAUAUGAAUUGCGCACCGUUAGCAGUAGUGCGCAUGAGCAGGAUUAUGUGUUGGCGCCAUUCUUCCCCCCAGGGCCACUAGGCUUAUUUUUAAAGUUACCAAACAAAACGACAAGCCCUGGGGACGAGAAUGGUGUUGGUCCUUUUUCUUCUCCACGGAUCGAUCCGUGGCGCUGGCCAAAAGAUCGCAGCUCUGGAGACGAGAAAAGUCUUUGGCCCCCGCCAAAAAGGAUUACUUUGGUAAGACGUUGUUAACUUUUCAAUGUUACCAUGGAUCCGAGAGAAAUCGUUAUGUGUCACUAAAGUGCUUGACUGUGAGGCCUUAUUAAAAAGACAGGGACUGGCAUAGUGACUGGGUAGAUUUUCCUGAGUAGUUAAAUUUAGUUAGUUAUCAUAUUACAUAGAAGUCUGGGGCCAGUCAGGAAUUUUUGACAUAAAAGUAUACCUAGAAUAUAUGAAAGUUCCAGACUAUACUGUCCCUAAGACUAGUUUUUUGAAAAAAAAAGUGCGCAUCCAAGGCACAAAUUCUGGACUUUUUACUACUGCUUCAGUCUAUCGGAACCAGAUCAGGGGUUAGGGUUCGGGGGUUAUCAUUAGAUCCUAUCGACCGUAGCCCCUUCGGACACCUCAUGAAAUUUACACAACGUAGGUUUCCCUUUUGCUAAUUAGGGUUAAGCACUGCCUUUUACAGAUUAGGGUUAAGCACUGCCUCUACUGAUUAGGGUUAAGGACUGCCUUUACUGAUUAGGGUUAAGGACUGCCUUUACUGAUUAGGGUUAAACACUGUUUCGAAACUGGUUAGGUUCUUUUUUAGCGUUGGGGUUGAUUCUAUGUGUACUUAAAUUAUUUCCUACCAUCGUUCCAGCUAAUAAUCAGUGGUCUAGUGGUUAGGUAGGCUCGGCUGGUAAUCGAGCCUAGUGGUUAGCGUAGUAAACUGAACCGUCUGGGUCGUGGGUUCGAAUCCUACUGUCCUUCCUAUCAAUUUUUUGUUCUUUAAAAUUGAAGAGACUUGCACUUUUAUGAACAUUCAGUCCACCUUGAAAUAUCAUCGAAGUGUGAUGUAAAAGCAAAAAACAGUUCUAUCUUGUGUAAAUUCAUAAGGGGAGAAAGGGGUUACGGCCGAUGGAAUCUAAUGCUGACCCUGUUCGGGAAAUCAGCCCGAGCUCCUCCCAUGAACAGACUCUCGGGGAGGGCCGAGAGGGCGGCGGAAAUUGAGCCUAAUGAGAGGUAUAAAACGAAAGAACACGCCUGUGACAUGCUUUUGCCAUUAACUGAUUUCUGCGAAUGGUGCGAGAUUUUCCGGCCAAUAGGGCAUUUUCACUCACUGGGCCAGCGUCUAUGAAAAUUUAUGAGAACAAAAGAAAGCGUUUACAUAAGAAAAGAGUUCAACUCCCACAGGACUGGUUUGAAACACCAACAUGGCCGCCGUGACGUCAUGUGAAAACGCUCUAUAAAAAAGUGUAUCAUUGCAAAUUAUCAAAAGAAAACCGUUGUCUAAGUAUGUAUUUAUUUUGCGCGUUUAAAUAUGAUGCAGGUUUCUGGCCCGUGCGAGCAUCCAGGACGCUUGUAGCCAAUUCAAUACCAGCGAGUUCCAAACCCGUCGCUCUUAUUUUCAAGAACUCGUCUAUACCAUAAUGGUAAAGCGCUUUACGAGUGUGAACGCUGAUAUAACCGACCUCCAAGUGAGUAACAUCAAGCGGCCAUCGGAAUAUGAAACUGUGGUGAGAAACAAGGAAUCUGUCAAGGAAAACAUUGAAAUUGCGCGGAAUCAACGACCGCGCGCGCUGAUCGAGGCGAAUACUGCAAAGGAGGAAGCUGUUACGCAGGGACUCAUAAAUGUUCAGAAAGCUACAUCAGACAGCAAGGUCAUCCUAUCCAAAGCGGAAGCGGAAGCUUCUAGUAUUCUCGCUGCCUUGGAAGCGGAAGCGGAAGCGUAUGCUAGUAUAAUGCGCAGUCAAGGUUUGACUGUGGAUGGGUUGCUCUCGUACUUAGGAGUACGAGUGUUGGCGGAUAACAAUAACACGGUCAACAUUGGGUUCCCUGCUCCAGCCAAGCCAUUUGCUUGA